ACUUCUCUUCCUAUCCAUUAAGGUUGAAGUUCGUAGGUGAAAGGGUACACACGCUGCAUCCCAUGUGUUGUUGUUUUUGUUAAGAUAACUUAAUAUGUGUUGAAGUGAACUGUAGUAACAUGGGAAAGAAUAAGAAGAACAAAACUGACGAGUCGGGGACAAAAGCAGUCAAAGCCGGACAUCAUGCAGGUGAUAAGAAGCUCAAACGAAAUGGAAAACCCAACACAGCCAAAGAAGAAGACCAUUUCAAAGACAUCCCGUUUAAGCUUCGAGAGAUAAUGAAGAGUAAGGAGAGAAUGAAAGCGGGGCCGAAGAGGAGCAACAUGUUCAAACACGCCAUUUACCCUAAAGGUAAAGCAGAGGGUUCCCAGGGUGGAGAUAUACCUGUCCCACACUUCAAGAGGGGAAAGAAGGAAAGUGAGAAAGCUUACUUGAGGCGCAUGGAGAAUGAGACAAAACAUGUCCUCUUCCUCACCAAUAACCAAGUGGACAGAAAGCCCGAGCUGGAGGCAGACCAACAAGAGAGGCCAGCAGACAGUGGAAAGUCUGACAAAAAGAAGGAGUACGACAAAAUGAAAAUACAGAGGCUACAGCAGAAGAAGCUGGACAGAAGAGUGGCCAUCAUGGAAAAGGAGAUGUUUAUCGAUGAUGUUCCUUUUGGGGAAGUUUCAAUGGCCCCACCAACUCUGAGCGCCAAACCCAGGAAGGCUCCAGUCAGACCUCAGGCAUCAAAGGGGCUGCUUCUCAACUCCCUCUUAGGCCAGAAUCCAACCUCCACCGCCAAGCCCUCCAUGGCCCGUCAGAGAAUCAUGGAGGAGGAGAGGCAGCGAGCCGUGGAGGCCUACCGUCAUCUCAAGAAACAGAAACAGCUGCAGCACGAGGCCAGGACUGCCGGUCUUAAAAAGCUCAAGAAUCCUCAAUGAUGUUUUAAUAUCAGAGUCACCGAGCUUCAGUCAGCCGUGAAGUAAAAAAGAAACUGAGAAGGACCUUCAGAUAAAUACCAGCUGACUGACUGGUUGUUUAAGAAACUCUAGAGCUGGAGUGUCUCAAUGUAAAACAAGCAAAGGAGCAAACAUUUGCAUCCACAGGCCGCAGUGUGGGAGCUGAGCAGUUGUCAAGAAAUAGUUUGCUGUGGUUCCACUAGAUGGCAGUCCUCCUGCAGAAAGCUGGUAUCAAAGUGUUUGCGGGCGGAACAUUUGGGACUUUUUAAAAAGUAAAAAUGUCAUUUUGGUGGCACCUGUCGUCAUACUAAUGUGUGAAUGCAGCCUUUUUACCAUAUUCCCAGCUGUGGGUAUAAAAUGAGCAUAACCUGUAAAUGAAAUAUAAAGAAUACAUUCAAGUGAACUAUCUCA